CUUCCUCCUCCUCAUCCAUCAUUCCUUCCUCUUCCUUAUCCAACAUUUUCCCUUCCUCCUCCUCCUCCUCCAAAACAAUCCCUUCCUGAUCUUCUUCAUCCACACCAUCCCUUCCACCUCUUCAUCAUCAUCCCUUCCUCCUCCUCCUCCUCCUCAUCCAAGGCCUCUUCCCUUCCUCUUCCUCCUCCCUGUCCCCACAUUCCAUCAAAUCCAAACCCUUCCAUCCCCUUCUUUUCCCACUCUCUCCCCCCUGGGAUCAUCCCACCAGCUCCUCCCCAAAAACCCUCCCUGCACCCCCCGUCCCCAACCUCCCGACCCCCGGACCCGCCGGAAAACCGGGAAGAACCCCCGGGAAUGGCUCACUUGUCGUAGUCGUGCUUGCAGUAGAGGCGGUGAUCCCGGGAAUAGCAGCUCCCGGAGAGGCCCUGGAGGCACACGGAGCACUUCACACACCCCUCGUGCCACGAGCGCUCCUCCACCCGCAGCAGGAACCGGUCGGAAAUCCGGGAAUCGCAGCCGGCACAGACCUCCCCCAUCUUGGGAUCGGGGCCUGGAGCGGGGGAAAAACCGGGAGAGAGGGUUGGGAAUGUUGGCCCGGAGCAGGGAAGGACACGGGGAGAGAUUCCAGAACGUUCCUGAGGGGCCCCGGGAGAGCUGGGGAGGGACCCGGGAGAAGGGCUGGAGGGACGGGACACAGGGAAUGGCUUCCCUCUGGAAAAGGGGGAUUUAGAUGGAUUUUGGGCAGGAAUCCUUGGCUGGGAGGGUGGGGAGGGAAUGGGAUGGAAUUCCCGGAGAAGCUGUGGCUGCCCCUGGAUCCCUGGGAGUUCUGGGGCUGUAAAUCCAAGGGGAACCCCAAGCCCUGGGACUGCAGAAAUUCCUGGAAUCGUAAAAUCAUGGAAUCCUGGAAUGGUUUGUGUGGGAAGCUCCUCCCAUUCCAAAGGAGGGGACAACUUCCAGGGUCCAGGUGGAUCCAACCCGGCCUUGGGCACUUCCCGGGAUGGGGCAGCCACAGCUUCUCCGGGAAUUCCAUCCCAUUCCCUGCCCGCCCUCCCAGCCAAGGAUUCCUUCCCCAAUUCCACCUCAAUCCCCCUUUUCCAGGGGCCAUUCCCUGUGUCCCAUCCCUCCAGCCCUUCUCUCCUGGAGCCCCUGGAAUGUGCUGGAAGCUCUCCCUGGAUCCCUCCCUGCUCCAGGGGAACAUUCCCAGCUCUCCCAGCCUGUGCCCGGAGCAGAGUCCUGGAAUCCUGGGAUGCUCUGGGUGGGAAGGGACCUUAAGGAUCCUCCCAUUAUCCCACCGAAUUCCAAAGGCAGGGACACCUUCCAUGGCCCGGGUGGCUCCCACCCGUCCCGGGGCACUUCCCGGGGGCAAAUUCCCUGAAUUCUGGCGCUGCACAAACCCCCGGGGGGCUUGGAAAACCUGUGGGAUCGGGAGAACAAAUCCCCGGCUGGCCAGGGGACUGGCCGGGAAUGUCGGGAAUGCCGGGAACCUUUUCCAGGACGAGGCACAAUCCCGGGGGGCGGAAUUUUGUCCGGUUUUAUCCCGGAUUUUGGGGCUUUUUCUUUUCCCGCUCCAGAUCUUCGGGAAUUGUUUGGUUUUGUGGGUUUUUUUCUUUCUUCCCUGGAUUUUAUCUCCCCUUGGAUCUCUGGCGGCUCCUCAAAGGAGCGACUUCGAGGUCAAAACCAAGAAAAAAGGGAGGAAAAAAAAAUUCCCUAUCGGGGCUCUGGAUCUGGGGGGAGGGGCCGGGCCAGGCGGCGGCACCUCCGCCCAACCCCCCCCUUCCCGCUCCAGGCGCCCAAAUCCCGGGAAAACACCUGCCCGACCCCCCCCGAGGCUCCUCGUCCCGCGGGCGAAGCCUCAAAAAACCGGGAAUGGGGAUCUGCUGCCCCUCGGGGGGAGAGGGAAUGAUGAGCCCGGCUCGGGAUCGGGCACCGGGAUCCUAAACCCGGCUCGGGAUCGGGCACUUGGAAUUCGGGCGUUUGGAAUUCGGGCUCUGGAAUCCUAAAACCAGUUUUAAUUCGGGCGUUUUUAAUUCGGGCGCCGAAUUUUAAGCCCGGCUUUAAUUUGGGUUUUUUUUUAAAAAAACUUGGAAUUCUAAGUUUGGUUUAAUUCGGGCACCAGAAUUCCAAAUCCAGCUUUAAUUUUGGCGCUGAAAUCCAAACCCGGCUUUAGUUUGGGCGCUGGAAUUCCAAGCCCUGACCCGGCGCAUCCCCAGAAAAAACGGGAUUUCCCGAUUCCCCGCUUCUCCAGGGACAUUCCAAGCCUUUCCCAGCCCUCCCGGGCUCCUCUCCCGGGCCCUGGGAAGCAGCUUUUCCAACCCCCUCGGAGGUGAAGAUCCCAAAAUCCCGAAUUAUCCCGAAUUAUCCCGGAUUCCCGGAUCCUCAGACCCGAAGUGGGGAGAGGGAUGAGGCGGGUCGGGAGGCGCAACGCGGGGAAUCGGGAAUUACCCGCCAGCGGGAAGUUUUCCCAACACUUUUCCCGUCGGAUUUGAUCUCUCCCAAAGUCCUGGGACCGUUUGGAAUCUCGGGAAAAGCCCCGCGGCUCCAAGGGAACCGUGUCCUCCCCCCGGCGCUGCAUUUUGGGAGCGAAUUGGGAUCAUUUGGGUUUUCCAGACCCAAAUUCCCUGAAGGCAACACGGAGCCACAUCCCAGGGGGUUUUUUCCCCUAUGGAUAUUUAUCCCACGUCCAUCCCAAAUUCCUCAUUUUUUCCCUCCCUUAUUAAUUUCUCCCAUCAAAUAUUUUCACCCCUCGCUUUCACCCCUCGGGAUCGGCCGAAAUUCCCGUGGGAUGGAGGCGCCUGGGAUUCAAAAUUCCCGAUUCCCGAUUAAUUUAGGGGGAAAACCAGGGAAUAAUCCAAUGGGGGGGGGGUCUGGGAGAAGAAAAAUCGUGGGGAAUGUGGGAUCGGGAUAAAAGGGAGACGCACCGAACUCCAGCCCCGGGGAUUUUGGUCCCUCUGGCUCCGGCAGCCGGAGAAUUCCCGGGAUUUGGGCAGCGGGAGAAGGGCCUGGAACAGCCGAGUCUUGCUCGGCUCGAGGUCGGAUUGACACGAGCGAUCCCGGGGAAACGGGGAUGGGAAAAAUCCCGGGAAAACUCGCCCGGGAGAGAGAGGUAAAACUGAAAGUAAAGGAGAUUCCGCCCUAAAAAAAUUCCUGAAAAUACCGGGAAUUGGGAAAACGCGGCGGUUCGGACCCGUAAAUAGUGGUAAUGAAGAGGGGAAAAAACCAUGGAAAGUGGGAAAAGGGACGUGGAGAGGAUCCCGAAAUUCCGGCAAGGAUUAGAGGGGGGGAGGCAGCUCGGGGGCCACAUCCCGGUGUUAUCCCGAAUUAUUCCAAACGGGAACUGCACGUUUGGGGUGGGAUGGGGAGGAUCUCAAGCCCCAGAAUCAGCCAAGGAUCGGGAUAAACCGCGGCUCCAGAGGGUUUUCCAGAGGUUUGGGAUACGCUGUGAUUCCAAAGGAUUUAUCCAGGGGGUCGGGAUACUGCCCUAAGGGGGAGUCUCCUGGUUAUCCCAGAAAUCCAGGAGAGGUUGGAAUAUCCUUCCCAAGCAGGGAAUAACCAACAGCCGAGGAACCGGGAACGCCGGGUUUGGGAAAAACGGGAAGGGAGGGCAGGGCCGAGCUCCCGCUGGAACUUGGGAGACGCCGGGAAGGAGGAAGAGGAGGAGGGAUGAGGAUGAGGAUGAAG